AUGAUUCAGUAUCCAGCGAUAUUUGCCACGGUAUUAGUAAUAACGAGAGCGGAUUUCUACAACCCGCGAUAUGACGAUUUCGAUGUGCAGCCCUUAUUAGAAAACGACAGAAUACUUUUGAGUUACACUAAUUGCUUUUUGGAUCAAGGACCUUGCACGCCCGAUGCUAAGGAUUUUAAAAAAGUUAUACCAGAAACCUUGGAAACAGCUUGUGAAAAAUGUACGCCAAAACAAAAACAAUUAAUAAAACAAGUAAUCAAGGCGGUGAUGGACCUUCAACCCGUGGCAUGGGAGGAACUUGUUGAAAAAUAUGAUAAAGACAAAAAGUACAGAGAUGCAUUCAACAAGUUUAUACAUGAAAAGGACUAA